AUGGCAUUCACCGGCAAGCUGAGUCUAAGCUCCAAAGCCAAGCUAUCGGAUGGCAACCUCAUCCCGCGCCUCGGACUAGGCGUUUACGAGAUGUCUGAUCAAGAAGCUUCUCCAGCUGUCACAUGGGCUUUGGAGGCUGGGUAUCGUCAUUUUGACUGUGCGGAAUGGUACUACAACGAAGCAAGUGUCGGUUCAUCCAUCACUCAGUUCCUCUCUCGUCCAGGAUGCCCCAUCGAUCGAUCCGACAUCUUCUACUGUUCCAAGCUGCAAUCGAACAACGGCUACGAGUCGGCGAAACGCAGCAUUGAAGCAUCGCUCAAGAAAUGUGGGUUGGGAUACAUCGAUUUGUACCUCAUCCACAGUCCAUACGGAGGGAAGAAAAGGAGGUGGCAGUGUUGGAAGGCUAUCGAAGAAGCGAAAGAUAAGGGGCUCAUCAAGAGUGUGGCGGUGAGCAACUACGGUGAGAGACAUAUCAGGGAGUUGCUCGAAUCAAAGCCGAAACAUAGACCGACGGUGAAUCAGUGCGAUCUCCAUCCGUUCAUGGCGAGGAAGGAGCUGGUUGAGUACUGUGAGUCGGAGGGAAUCCUUCUUGAGUGUUGGGGCCCAUUGGUGAGGGCUGAACGCUUCCAUCAUCCUGCCAUCAUGGAGCUUGCCAAGAAGCAUUCCGUCACCUCGGCUCAGGUUCUCAUCCGCUUCUCUUUGCAACGAGCAUAUAUCACAAUCCCCAAAUCGGUUUCCAAACAACGUAUCAUCGAGAACGCCGACGUUUAUGGCUUCGAGCUGGACGAUCAAGACAUGGACAAGCUACUCAGCCUUGACCAAUACCUGGUCACCGAUUGGGACCCAAUUGGCGACUCUUCUGCUUGA